AUCGCCCUGCCCUCUGCGCGUCCCCGUGCAGCGGGGCUCGAGCCGUUAACGGAGCGGCGGAUCGCGGACGUGUGAUCGCGCGUUUCUCCCGAUCAAAAUAUCCACCAGAGCCCACGGUCAGUUUAACGACAGUUCUGCGAUAUCUGGAUUAUGAUGGCGCACACGGGUUCGUGAGGAGCGCUUUGUCGUUCGCGGAAGGUACUGAGGGCACAGUUUGUAAACUGUGUGUGGAAGAGACGUUCAGCCUUUCGUUUGUGUGUGUGAUGGAGAGCUUUCCUGUCCAUUGACGCUGUGGCAUUGCCCUGCAGUCAUGUCUGCUUGCAACACCUUCACUGAACAUGUGUGGAAGCCAGGGGAGUGCAAAAACUGCUUUAAGCCCAAGAGCCUUCACCGGCCUCCAGAGCAACCCAAUGCUGGCAGUGAGAGCAAGACAAACAUCAGUGCCAAACUCACAAACAGCCAGAGGAACAUUUCCUCGUCCCGUGCAGGGCAGGUCCGCCCACCUGUAGCCAAGAAGCCUACUAUUGCAGUAAAGCCUACCAUGAUGCUGCCAUGCUCCCCACCAGGGUUGGACUCGGAGGGAAAUGUGCCAAGGCUUACGGAGGGAGCGCAGGUCAAUAAAAGCUCACCUUUCAAUAUGUGGAACCAAAACAGCCUGAACAGCUCAAGACCCACAGGGACAAACAACAACCAAGGGGAGGAUUUGGUCGGGCAAGCAGAGGCAUAUGGUGCAAUUUCCCCGCAGCCAACUAGCAGCAACAACAACGGACUGACGGAUGUGCUAAAAGAGAUUGCUGGCCUUGGACCUUCCCCAAGCUCAAGUAGAGAUGACUUCUUUGGCCGGAUCUGCAGUUCAUACCGGCGCUCAUUAGAGAGGGGCCUUCCAGCUUCAAGCUGUAUCCAUGCUGGGAGUAGUGGUAGAGGAGCAAUGAAACGUGUUUCCCUAAGUGACAGUGCAGAGGUCAUCAGCUCUGAGGGAGGACGUUUCUGUUAUCCAGAAUUCUCCAGUGAUUGUGAUGAUGAGGAGGAUGAGAGUGAUGAUGAGGAUGAUGACGAUGGAGAGCAUGACAGUUGGGAUGAAAGCGAUGAGGAGUUGCUAGCAGUGGGGAUACGAAUGCGGGGUCAACCUAGGUUCGCCAAUUUCCGUGCAGCUACACUGUCUCCGGUUCCCUUCGCUGUAGGGAAGAAGUGGAAUACAGUGCCUCUACGCAACCGUUCACUGCAGCGGUUCUGUGCAGUGGAUUACGAUGACAGUUACGAUGAGAUUCUCAACGGAUACCCAUCUGUUGACUCAAAUGGAGCUCCUGCUCUUCUGUCAUAUACCUCGGACCACCAGGGUAGUGGCUUUUUGUCCACUUCUGAGUCCACCACCUCACCCGAGUCCUUGAUUUCUCUGCCCGACGAAUCCUGCGCUGGCAGCAGUAGGGGCACUGGUGACCAGAGAAAUGGUCUUCCUUUCCCACCUAGCAAAGAACCUUCAGCCAAAGGACUGAGUUCGCCAAAACCCUGUGAAACGCAUAAAGCUGUUCUAGCAAUCCGACUGGAAGAACAAGACGGAGUUCAGAGAGAGGGUGGGCCUCUCCCACAAGCUCUUCCAGGCCAGCCAAUCACAAUCAGCUUCAGCCCAACUGAGGAGCAGGCCAAGCCUUAUCGAGUAGUGAAUCUCGAGAAGACUCCUAUCUGUAAGCCCUAUACGGUGGUGGAUGUGUCUGCCUCUAUGGCCACUAAAGAUGAACACACUCACUCAAGUGAAAGCACUCCAAAGUCAAGUGGGCCUAGUGUUGUGCUUUGCCCUUCUGUUGAAACCUGUCCUGUCUCACCCACUUCGCCUCAGUCCCCCAGAUCUCCGGUUUCACCUGUUGCAUCUCCAUCUGUUUCAUUGUCUCCGCUGAUGCCUCAGUCUCCUCCAAGUUCUGCCUCUGGAGGACCCAGUGGUUUCCGCACAAAACCCGGCAGCAUCCGUUACCAAGAAGUGUGGACGUCUUGCACCAGCCCUCGACAAAAGAUCCCUAAAGUUGAUUUAACAAGCGGCUGUGCCGCUCCAAGACUCAUCAAUCACAAAUCAGCUCCCACAUCUCCAACUGCAGGCUUCAGCUCAGCCCGCACAGUUCCAACUAAAUCUCCUAACUUGUCUGAGAUCAAAUUUAACAGCUACAACAAUGCUGGCAUGCCCCCGUUUCCCAUCAUCAUCCGUGAUGAGCCUGCAUAUGCACGCAGCUCCAAAAAAGCAGUGAAAGUUCCCAUUGUGAUUAAUCCCAGUGCGUACGAUAACCUAGCUGUUUACAAGAGUUUCCUGGGGCUCAAUGGUGAGCUGCCACAUUCCAAGCCUGGGGCCGGAGAGCGAGUGGCCAGCCACACAUAUGAGGAGAUUGGAUCUUCCGAAAGUUCCCAGCCAUCACCGUCUGAGCAGACACAACCUCAGCUGAAACACGCAACAGAUGUAACUGCUCCUGGGGAACUGAGGACUACCACGCUAUCUGGACAGACUGUAAACGACGGCAAAUCCAGGACUACGACAGGUGUCUCUGUCCUUCCUGUAGGUAGCCUGAGCCCUAGCCCUGCUAUUUUGGCACACAGCAGUCUGGAUCAUAGUGAACAACCAGCAGAGGGCAGCAAAGAUUGCCAGGUCACGUCGAAUGGAAGUUCAGGUCAGAGAGAGAAAGCAAGUGCUGUUCUGUCUCAAAUUGUGGCCUCCAUUCAGCCACCGCCUUCUCCUCCAGACUCCCCUGCUGGCCAGAGUAAGACAUGCAGUGCUGAGGAGCUUUACUCGCUGCCUCCAGAUGCUUCCAGAGAUGCUCCUAACAGAUCUAAAUCACUCCACUGUUCUGCAGAACCUCAAAAAGACACACCACCUAAAGUCCUUCCCAAAUCCCAGAGUGCCUCUGCUGCUGUACCACCCACAAGCCCCAAAUCUGAACCAAGCGCCCCAUUUCCCCCAGUCCGGUCUAGCUCCUCUCCUUACCACUCAAGCAACCUGCUCCAGAGGCAUUUCAGCAACUGGACCAGACCAGCUGGGGUCAAACCUAGUGAUGCAGAGACCAGUCCUGGUGCGGAGGGCAGGCGUUCAACUGAUGGUAACAAGCCAAAGCGCUGGAUAUCCUUCAAGAGUUUCUUCCGCCGGCGGAAGGAUGAGGAUGAACAGAAAGAGAAAAUGGAGCGAGAGAAGGAAAAAGGGAAGCUGCUGGGAUUAGAUGGGACCGUCAUCACCGUACUGCCUCCUCCACCUGUACAGAGACAGCACUGGUUUUCAGAAUCCAAGACGGAUGACCCUCACCAGAAACCCACGAUCAUAUUCACCUACAAAUCAGAGAGCAUCACAGGUGGAGAGGAGGCGGAGCUUCGGGUUGAGGAACACAAAGAAGGUGGCACAGCAGAAGGUGGAGCUUCCAGCCUGUCGACUCCACCCAAGAGCAGAGCCAGUCUCCUCAUUAGCAAAGUCAUGAAUCAGCUUCCAGUUCAGGAUACCGAGAUCUCCUCAGCCACCUCUCUUCCUGCUAAGCUGGAGCUGUCGCCCCUGCGCGAGCCGCCUGCCUCCUGUCCACCCCCAGCAUCGCCCACCUCAAACAGCAGCAGGCAAGCAGAGCGAGAGGAAGAGGGAAUCACUAACACCAUCUCGCACUCUCCUGCAUCCAGCAGCUGCAGGGCCACUUACACCAACCUGGGUCAGUCCAGGGCCAACAUGAUCCCCGUAAAACAUCCCAGACAUCCUAAAGCAUCUGAUGACUCUUUAAUUUCUGAACCAGAGGUCAGCGAACCAACGACAAAAUCCACCCCUCCACCCCUACCCAAAAAGUCAGUUCCACGUGCCCAAACAGAGCCAUCCGCUCUAGGUAGAGAACUCUCUGCCCAGCGACCCAAAGGAGAGGCCAGACCAGGCGGGACCAGUCUGAGCGUUGCCAAUCCACUCUAUGAUCUCGAAUCCACAUGGGACACAGCCAGUCAGAGUUCCUCACUCAGCUCGGAGGCACGGCAUCCUGAUGAAUCGGGAGACUCCCUGGAGCGUCCCGUGGGUGGGCGGAGCCUGUCUUGCCUAACCAGUAGCAGCUCCAUGCAGGCAUGUGACCGCCGAGGCUACCGAAGUACAGAGAGUCUGACAGCCCGGACGCGAGGGGCUGGGAGACCCACUAAAUCCCAGAAACAGGUGCCAUACAGAGGCAUGGAGAGCUGGGAGGAAGUGGUCGGGAGGAUCCGAGGCCUGCACACGGAUACCCUUCGAAAGUUGGCAGCCAGAUGUGAAGAUAGAUUUAUGGCCGGACAAAAAGAUCAUCUGCGCUUUGGUACAGACAGCUGGUCUCAUUUCCGGCUGACAGCGGGAAAACCCUGCUGUGAGGCAGGAGAUGCGGUGUACUACACAGCAUCUUUCGCUAAAGAACCUCUGACAAACUACGCCGUUAAGAUCUGUCGGGGAGUGGUGAAGGAGACUCAGCAGCAGUUUUUUCACAGCCUAGCAGUUCGGCAGAGUAUCGCUGUGCACUUCAACAUCCAGCAGGACUGUGGGCACUUCCUGGCAGAUGUCCCGGCCCGCCUGAUGCCCUGGGAGCGUGAGGAGGAUGGAGAAGACAAGCAAGGUGCAGGGGAAGAGGGAAAAGGAAAAGAGGAUGAGAGAGAUGCGGCAGGUCCAGGCGGGAAACUCUGCAGCCGUGUUGUUGUGAUCACUCGAGAGGUGCCGUUCCAGACAGUGGCGGAUUUCGUACGGGAGGGUGUAGAGCGGCACGCGCGAAACCCUGAGCUGUACGAACGCCAGGUGUGUCUCCUGCUGCUGCAGCUGUGUGCGGGACUAGAGCACAUGAAACCCUACCACGUCACGCACUGUGACCUCCGGCUCGAGAACCUCCUCCUGGUGCACUGUCAGCCCGGGAACCCUUGGAACCUGGAGCUCAUGGAACCGAACAACAACGCUGCAUCCGGACCUCCCUCUGCCACGGCUUCCGCUUGCCCCGCCCGGCUCAUCAUCAGCAACUUCUCUCAGGCCAAACUCAAGAACGUGGUGCUGGAACCAGCUUCGCUCCGAGACCAGUCCCGUCUGGCACCUGAGCUUCUCACUGCCACUCAAUACCGCAAGUGCGACGAAUUCCAGACUGGGAUACUGAUCUACGAGAUGCUGCAUCGACCGAACCCAUUCGAGGAAUGUCCGGAGCUAAAGGAGAGGGAAUACUGCAACUCUGACUUGCCCCAGCUGCCCCUGCGAUCCCUGUACUCCAACGGUCUUCAACAGCUCGCCACGCUGCUGCUCAAUCCCAACCCUUCCGAGCGCAUCCAGAUGGCGGAUGCCCGGGCGUGUUUGCAGUGUCUGCUGUGGGGCCCCCGAGAGGAUCUGUUCAAUUCGUUGAACCCCGCCGCCGGGACAGUCCAACGCCACAGCGUCCUGCAGAACUGGCUAGACCUGAAGCGAACGCUUAUGAUGAUCAAGUUCGCAGAGCGUUCUCUGGACACGGGCUGCGGCGUGAGUCUGGAGGACUGGUUGUGCUGUCAGUAUCUAGCCUUCGCUACUACCGAAUCUCUGAGCAGAGUGAUCAAGAUCCUGCAGCAGCCACAGGGCGUGCUUAUUUGAUCGCAUCCGAUCACGCUAAUGAAUCUGGGACGUGUAGACGUGCGCUGUACAGACGUGUGAUUUUAUUUGAGGAAACCGUAUCGUUUGACUUUGUUGGUGAAUGUGUUUGGGUAUGGUUUACUUUAAAUACCAUGCAAAGAGUCUGAGGCGAACCGUUUACAGGAUGAAAAGUGACAAAGUGAAGUCAUAUUUAACUCCACCGAUAAUGGCACAUUUAUAGAGCUGCUUUUAUAAACAAGUGAAACUGCAUGACGUGUGUGUAUGUGUGAGUGUGUUGUGGGUUUUCUGCCGGUGUGUUUAGUUACGCUUUUCAUUCUGCUGUCGGGACUCGUGAAUAUCAGCAGGAAACCACUGAUCUGACAUCAGCUGCAUCAUGAUUUAUGAUUCCAGUAACUAUUGGAUAGCUAUUAUAUAAUCAUCGCAGUUUGUGCGAGGGGUGUCAAAAUAAGGGUCCUCCAGUGGUCACAUUAGGUCAGUGAAUGAAUGAGUCUAACAUGCCUUACUUUAUAUGUGUCUAUGUGUGUACGUAUAUAUACAGAGAGAGAUUUAUAGAAAGUGGCAAAAACAUCUUUUCAUCAUCAGUCAUUUCACACAAAUAUGUUUUUAUCCGAUCCUGAUAUAUCGUACAGAUUAGUUCGAGAGUACAGAUUGGAUAUUUUUCUACCACAACAAGAGCACUGUAAAGUUUACCAAAGACUAAAUACUCUGAACCACAAAGAUCAAAACAUAUUUUUGCAUAGUCAAAGAGAAGAUCUUAAUACUCUCCCUCUUAAAGAAAGUGUCCUUAUGUGCUUAAAAUGAAUGCAGUUUAGUUCUUCAGCAGUACUUUGGCUCUCCAAAGUACACAGGAGCAUUUCCAAUCAGAGGGAUUAGCACCAAACUCACUUUAAUCAAACUAGACUCACUCCAGAUUCUGAUCGUAGCGUUUACACUCGCAGUAAAGGCUCUGAACUGCUUUUGAGACAUAUCAGGAUGACUCGAACCCUGACGUGACCCGGAUAUCACUACGCAGAUGUAUGUGCAAUCAUUAAAAGCAAGUGUUAACAUUCGUUACAGUAUUUUAGAUAUAUUUAACGCACUUGAUAUUCUCAGCAUGCAAUUAUUCUUUAUCUUCCUGUUCCUGUUCGGCACAUAAUUGAUGAGAAUGCGAGCUCUGAGGUCAGACUCCCAGCGAGGCGUAUGCGAGGAUAUUUGAUUGUGUGUGUGAAGCAUUAAUAUGAACCAGGGACAGCACAUUCUUCAGCAUUUUGUCCUUGUAGUGUUAUUUUGAGGUGCGAGUGUGUGUGUUUCAGGCAAUGGCAAUAUAGAGACGAACUUCAGAGUGAAAUGUGACACACACACACAAGCUGCAUCCCAGUUUGCUUGCUUCUGCAUACUACAGGUGUGUAUUUAAGUGAUGGGAAAAUGCAUACUUGAGUAUGUAGUAUGCUUGUACUGCCAUAUAUAUAUAUAUAUAUAUAAUGUAGUAAAAUUAACACAAUUUAUGUGAUUAUGUUAACAUGUAGAUUAAUUUAUUUAUUUACUGCUGUUGCAGCUUUUAUCCUUGGAAUUUAUAAUUAUUCACUAUGACAACUCAAAAAGUUGAUAAGGAACUGUUACAAGCGCCGCCUCUACUGUAAUGCAAGAGGAUUGUGGGUAAUAUUGGCUCAAAAUGCAUCCGCAGAAAAAGUAUACCAUCCAGGCACCUCGAGGAUAUUUUUUGACGUGCUAUGAUUUGUGUAACACUAAACAAAAUUUUGCAUACUUUAUAAUAUGGAUAGUAUGCAAAUUGGGAUGCAGAUGUUGUCACGCCUCCCUGUUUCUAUUUUUAGAUUUACAUAUUCAGGUGAAAGAAAGGGAUUGCUGAAAGGGAUUUAAUGAUUCAUAGUGCAUGAGAAAGGGUUCAUGAGAGGUCACUGGAUAGUGUCUCUGUCAAUCAAACUAGGGCGGGACCAUUGGUUUGCUCUCAUCUUCCAUUUCCAAAGCAGCAGUUAAAUUUUCAUCAAUUCCAUUAGAAAGGAACAGGAAUAAUGUGUGUGUGUGUGAGAGAGAGAGAAAUUGCGGUGCAUGUCACGCUGAAUGUUUGCGGGUCACACCGUAGCAAUACGUUGUACUGAAUUGUAUUUGUAUAUAAUAAUUUGAGUGUAGUUUAAAUUCAUUUUAGCAGCACAGGCACGAUUCUGUCACAGAGAGAACUUGAGAGAGAGUGAAAGUAUCAGCAGAUGUCUGUAACCUGGAGAAUGUGUGUGUUUUUGCUCACUCACCAUCAGUUUAUCAGUUUUCUUUCACAUCAUUUCACUGAAAUCAUGUAGUUACUGUUAUUUACAAAUGUUUAUUGCCAGUGAUGGUUUCAUAAAACUGCUUUUUACCUACAACUGCAUAUCUCAUGGUAUUUAGCUCUACAUUACUGAGUUAACUGCUUAUAAUAAAACUAUGAAUAUGUUUUUAAACAAGA